UCCAGUCGAACAUUCACGGCUACCGGUUGCUGCCAAAAUUAACGCGCGAAUAAAUACAAAUAAAAAGUGAAUGCAUUUUCAUCUUUGAAAUCAAUUCUACUAUUCUAUAUAUAGAUAUUUGUUAAGCACAUGAACGAUAACAUCAAAAUAUAGUAAAACUAUCAGAAGAAAUUUAUUACAAAAAAGCAAAAAUGUCCAGUUAUACUAUUGAACGGAUAGUGGAAGACGAUACCGAGGAAGUUAUGAAAUUAUUGAGACGCAAUUUCUUUCUCGACGAACCGAUUAAUAAAAAACUGCAGUACUGCACUUCGGUAGAUGACGAUUGCCCUGAUUUAGACGAAUACUGCAGAUCCACUUUACCCGGAAUAUCAUUUAAGGCCAUAGAUGCUGAUGGAAAAAUUAUUGGAGUUCUUAUAAACGGAAUCAGUGCUGUCGACUAUCCUAUAGACUACGAUACAAUGAUAGCAAACUGCACGAACCCAAAAUUUAAGAAGAUCCUAAACAUCUUGCUUAUUCGUGAACAAAAUGCUCAGCUUGCUAAAAGAUACCCAAAUGAAAAUAAAUUAUUCGAAGUUAAACUAGCGGCAACCGAUUCAAAUUGGAGGAACAAGGGAAUUAUGAACAAAUUAAUGGAAGAAGCAGAAAAAUCAGCUCGGGACCUCGGCAUCAGAUUAUUACGUAUCGACACCUCGAGCGAAUACUCCGCUAAAGCUGCCCUAAAGUUUGGUUUUACUUGCCUUUACGAAAGGGCGUAUAAAGAUAUAAAACUACCCGGAGAAAGUGAACCCAUCAUUGUGCCGGACCCACCACAUGUUACGGAUAAAGUGUUUAUUAAGGAACUGUUUUAAUGUUAAGCUUCAAUACUUAGAAUAGAUUAUUCUGGUAUUAACUACUUAGAACUUUAGUACUUACAUAUUUACAAAUCCCAGUGAUAAGGAUCAUCUAUGUCUGUUUUCUGUGACACAAGUAAUAACCUAGUUCAGUAGACAACAAAAUAUUAUUUUGUUCACAAUAUAAAUGCUCUGCCAUAUUACAUGUCUGCGACAUAUUAAGUAAAAUUUGCUACCUAAUAUAUAUAAUAACAUAACUA